UAGAGCAAGAGAGGGAGGGGAGGGGAAUCGAGCUUUUAAGAGAUUUGAUAGAGAUUAGAAGCGGCACAGUGUUGAGAAAUAUUGUAUGUUCGAUACGAAUCUCAUUUCAUGGUGAAAAGGCAGAAAGCGCGCGCGAGGACGCGGACGGAGCUGCGGAACGCACGACUGACUGACUGACUGACUGAAUGAAUGAAUGAAUGAAACGAUGAAGAAGAGCUCUGGGCUUUCUGUAAACAGGUUGUAGGUGAUCUCAACAGGUCAUAGGUGAACUAAACAACUGCCAAAAGCUUCAGAUGGUUUGAGCGAGUCGUAAUGUCUUCGAGGGUUUGAGGAGAGAUCGUGGAUGUCUCGACAGACUCCUGGAGAAAGUUCAACAUCAGGAUGAACAGGUUCCUCAGAUAGUGGAUGAACACUUGCGUGUUUGAUUCCUGGUCAUUAUGACAUCACAUCCUCAUCUGUUCUCAUUGGACCAUCAGGUCAGGAUGUUCCGGGUUUUAAGCUGGAGCAGCUGUCACUCUACCACAUGGCCACGCCUCCUGUGGAUUCUGUGGGUGUGGCUAAGCCCAUGUUCGUCAGUUCACCAGCACUCGCACCCACAUUCCAUCAAAAUCCCGGGGGACAUCACCUUGGGGGGCCUUUUCCCAGUCCAUGCCAGGGGUCAUGCAGGGGUCCCAUGUGGAGAAAUAAAGAAGGAGAAAGGAAUCCACCGGUUGGAGGCCAUGCUGUAUGCACUGGACCAGAUCAACAGCGACCCAGAACUGCUGCCCAACAUCACUCUAGGGGCCCGGAUCCUCGAUACGUGUUCCAGGGACACUUACGCUCUAGAGCAGUCUCUGACAUUUGUCCAGGCCCUCAUUCAGAAAGACACGUCUGACAUCCGCUGCUCCAAUGGCGAACAACCGAUCAUACGCAAGCCUGAGCGCGUGGUGGGUGUGAUAGGGGCGUCAGGAAGCUCAGUGUCCAUCAUGGUGGCCAAUGUCCUGCGGCUGUUUGAGAUCCCUCAGAUCAGCUACGCCUCCACAGCACCAGAGCUGAGCGACCAUAACCGCUACGACUUCUUCUCUCGAGUGGUACCUCCAGACUCCUACCAGGCCCAAGCUAUGGUGGACAUCGUCAAGGCACUGGGCUGGAACUAUGUGUCCACAUUAGCGUCGGAAGGGAACUAUGGUGAAAGCGGAGUAGAUGCCUUCAUUCAGAUCUCUCGAGAGGCAGGAGGUCUGUGCAUCGCUCAGUCCAUGAAGAUCCCACGAGAGCCCAAACCAGGAGAGUUUGACAAGAUCAUUAAGAGACUAAUGGAGACCCCCAAUGCUCGAGGAGUUAUCAUCUUCGCCCAUGAGGACGACAUCAAGCAGGUCCUGGAGGCUGCAAGGAAGUCCAAUUUGACCGGUCAAUUCAAGUUUGUGGGAUCGGACAGCUGGGGUGCCAAGAGCUCUCCGAUCCUGGACCAGGAGGAAGUGGCUGAGGGUGCCGUCACCAUUCUGCCCAAAAGAGCAUCUAUUGAAGGAUUUGACCAGUACUUCACCACUCGAUCCCUGGAGAACAACCGCAGGAAUAUCUGGUUUGCUGAAUUCUGGGAGGAUGACUUCAGAUGCAAACUGACACGUCCAGGUAUCAAAAUCGACCCAGAAAAGAAGAAAUGCACAGGAGAAGAACGGAUCAGUCGUGAUUCUCAUUAUGAGCAAGAGGGCAAGGUUCAGUUUGUAAUUGAUGCGGUUUACGCUAUGGCUCAUGCUUUGCACAACAUGCACCAGGAUUUGUGCCCAGGAGCCACGGGCGUUUGUGAUAAGAUGGACCCAGUGGAGGGACGUUUGCUGCUUAGCUACAUCCACUCCGUCAACUUCAAUGGUAGCGCCGGCACUGCUGUUCUGUUUAAUGAAAACGGUGAUGCUCCUGGACGCUAUGACAUCUUUCAGUACCAGAUGACCAACACCACCAGUCCAGGAUACAGAGUCAUCGGCCAGUGGACCAAUAACCUGCGACUCAACGUGGAAGAGAUGCAGUGGACCGGUGGAUCCCGUCAGAUUCCGGACUCGGUUUGCAGUUUUCCAUGCCGCUCGGGUGAGAGGAAGAAGAUGGUGAAGGGUGUCCCGUGCUGCUGGCACUGCGAGCUUUGUGACGGCUAUCAGUUCCAAGCUGACGAGUUAAACUGCGAGAUGUGCCCUUUCGAUAUGCGGCCGACCCCCAACCGCACGGCCUGCCGCCCAACUCCCAUCAUCAAGCUGGAGUGGCAUUCACCCUGGGCCAUGAUCCCUCUGUUCCUGGCCAUUCUUGGCAUCCUGGCCACCCUGUCCGUCAUCAUCACCUUCAUCCGCUUCAACGACACCCCCAUCGUGAGGGCGGCGGGCCGCGAGCUCAGCUACGUGCUCCUGGUGGGAAUCUUCCUCAUCUACCUCAUCACCUUCCUGAUGAUCGCUGAGCCGGGGACGGUGGUGUGUGCUUUCCGCAGGCUGCUGCUGGGGCUGGGCAUGUGCAUUACGUACUCUGCCAUGCUUACGAAGACCAACCGGAUCUACCGCAUCUUCGAGCAGGGCAAGAAGUCUGUCACGCCACCAAAAUUCAUCAGCCCCACAUCGCAACUUAUGAUCACCUUCAUACUGAUCUCAGUACAGGUUGUGGGUGUUUUCAUCUGGUUUGGUGUGAUGCCACCACACACCAUUGUGGACUAUGAGGAGCAGCGGCCGCCCAAUCCAGAGUUGGCGCGUGGCGUCCUGAAGUGUGACAUGUCUGAUUUGUCGCUCAUCUGUUGCCUGAGCUACAGUAUCGUGCUGAUGGUCACAUGCACUGUGUAUGCGGUCAAGAGCCGAGGUGUUCCUGAGACCUUCAACGAAGCUAAACCCAUUGGCUUCACCAUGUACACCACCUGCAUCGUCUGGCUGGCAUUCGUGCCUAUUUUCUUUGGCACAGCACAGUCCACUGAGAAGAUGUUCAUCCAGACGACGACGCUGACCGUGUCCAUGAGUCUGAGUGCCUCCGUGUCUCUGGGGAUGCUCUACAUACCGAAAGUGUACGUCAUCAUCUUCCACCCGGAGCAGAACGUGCAGAAGCGCAAGCGCAGCUUCAAGGCUGUGGUUCAAGCCGCCACCAUGUCCUCACGCCUCUCGCAGAAAUCCAUCAAUGACAAGCAGAACGGAGAGACCAAGAUCGAGCCAGACAGGACGCAGUAGCAGGUGACCCUUGGAACAGCUGUGUGGAUCUCAAAUCACUGAGGAACAGAGUCAAAGGGGGAGUUUUGCUGUGUUGUAUUUUGUGAUGCCAGGUGAGGACGUUAAUAAAGCCGAUGUUACUGACUGUGAAGCACAAACUGCUAACACUGCGAACAGAAAAUACUUUAUUGAGCAUCUUUGUCGAACACUUGAAAUGCUUCAUAGAUAGAAUGUGCCCAAAAGCCUUUCUCAUCCAGAGGAUUUUUGCUGAUCGCACAAUGCAAUUUGGAAAAAUCUCUUUUUGUCCCAUUUUUACCUCAGAAAAAGUAAUGUGUGGUUGUUGUAUUGAAGUUUUAGCAUGAGACAUUUUCAACAGUGCAACUUUGGACAUGCACGCACUAACCAAGUAAAAACGUAAUGAAAGACCACCAGAUUUGAUAAAAAUGCAGAUCCUGCCUGACGCUGAAGAAAAGCUCUCCUCACCUUUGACCGUCCAGCAAAGUCACUGCUAUGUCAGCUCAUAAUGCACAAUUUUAUUUUAGAUUGUAAGCUCAAAUAAUGAAGUAGACACUAUUUUGAGCCAGUUGUGUAUUUGAUAGCUUUGUGCAUCUUAUAUAUCUAUUUAUUUAAAUGAUUCUAACUAGGUGUUAUUAAAUUAACUUUUAUUUAUUUGUUUAUUUUUAUUUUUUGAAAUAAUGUAUUUAUUUAUUUAAUGUUGAUGAUUGAUCUCCUUGGCCAAAGACAUGUUGGUGCUUUUAUAAAGAAACCUGUAGGAAAGGACAGAAUUAAAUAUCAAUACAGCAUCCAGAGUGCACCAUGUUAAAGAAUAGUGUACAGUUUAACUUGUUGAAUAUUGUAAAUAGAGGAAUCUGCAGAAGGUUUUAUGGAUGUAUUAUUUUGUGUUUUGAGGCGGUUAUUUUGUGUUUGAUUGACAAUGUGCAUGGGAAACUCUAUCUGAAAAGUCUUACUAUGUUACAUGAGUAACAUGACUGCCGUGUUUUGCUCACAUCACAUUAAAGAAAUGUAGUUUAUGUCUUUCUAUUUGCUAUUUUUACAUCAGUGUUUUAGGAUGUCCAUAUAUUCUGCUGAGUUCAUAAUGCUUAAGUAAAUGCAACACUACAACACUAGCUGUGUCUAUGAAGAUGUAAUAUUUGAAGCAGUAUUGAUGUUGAAUGGUACAAUCGAUAAUAGAAAGAGCAAAGCAAUCAGUUGUAAUUAAACAGACUGCUGAUGGUCAGAAUGCUUUGCCACAAUAAUUCCUACA